AUGGCAGCGGAGCGCGCCCGCAAGGCGGCCGCCGCGGGUGCCCGCGGCCCGGGGGAGCCGGGCGCGCCCGCGACGGGGGCGCUGGCGGUGGCGCCGGCGGAGCGCUGCGCGCGGCUGCCCAGCGCGGGGGCGUGCGGGCUGCUGGCGCUGGCCCUGUGCUCGCUGGCGCUCAGCCUGCUCGCCCACUUUCGGACGGCCGAGCUGCAGGCCCGGGUGCUGCGCCUGGAAGCGGAGCGUGGGGAGCAGCAAAUGGAGACGGCUAUUUUGGGACGAGUCAACCAACUGCUGGACGAGAAAUGGAAGCUCCACUCUCGGAGGCGCCGGGAGGCCUUCCCGAAGACGUCUCCAGGAUGUCACUGCCCGCCAGUGUCGGGGCUCCUCAAGACCACCCUGGCCCCCUAA